CUAAAUCUAAUACAAAGUUAUCUUUCUAAAAGUGCUUCAAAACCUCGUCAAAUAAUACGUAAUAGUCAAAUAAUAAGAAAAGAAUCUCAAUAAAAAGUUCCGGGACUCGGGUGUCACGAAAAUAUUUUAUUUAAAUAAAAAUAUGAAGUGUAAAUGAAAUAGGUAUAGGCUCCGCCCCUUUGGAGGACUCUCCUCAAAACACGUAUGCUUCCUGAACCUUCGACCUCCGACAGUGGUGUCAACCUGUGCUCAGUCGCAUUCACUGCUUGCCAUUUACAUUCGAUUCGGUCGCCGGACAGCAGCAACGUUCCCCGGGAACUUGAACAUUGAACACCAGUUUCAAGAUGAAUAAUCUUACAUCAAUCCUUCGAUCAUAUAAUUUAUCGGACAUCAAUGAACCAACCUUUGUAACCUAUAUUAAUAAAGUGGAGACAAAUGUUGCUAUGUACUCGCCACUCCUCUCCAACAACAACCUUACGAGAGCAAGUCGCAUUUUGAUCUUGGUAUUUACCACAUUAGUGGGUACAGUACUGAACGGACUCUUUGUAUCGUCAUUUGUUAUUGAUGAAAAUUUAAGGAAUAUUGGAAACAUUUUUAUGGCCUGUACCGGAGUAUCCGACUUGGUAAUUACCUCUGGAGUGCUCCCAACAAGCAUUGUGCUACUUUUGUCUGGAGAGGUGGACAAUGCGACUACAUGCAAAUUUGUUCAAGGCACUGUCCAAGCCUCUACUUAUUGUUACAAUGCAUUCUUCACGUUUGUGGCCGUGGAAAUCUAUCAACGUGUCUCCCAAACCAGCCCGGCCCCUCGUCCUUUCGUUUCCAAGGAUAUUGGUAUACUUGCUGUUAUGAUCUUCGGAAUGAGUGGCGUGGUGUCUGGAGCUGGUAUAUACUAUGAUUUGGAUUACGAUUUCUGUGGUCGAGCACACCAAGGAGACUACUUGUUUCGUUUGACCACGGCCAUUAUCUUCUUGUUCGUGCCAGGAAUAGUGGCAUUCACCUUUUUGGUGACUUCAAUAUUGCAGGUCCGUCGCAAGGCUCUACUGCAUUCCCAAUAUAGGAGAUCUAGACAAUACAAAUAUGACAAAUCUAUUACCAAACUGAAUUUCUUAGCUUAUACGACAUUUGUCUGCUCCUGGCUUCCCUACUUCAUUGUCGUCCAUAAAUACCCGGAUGCAAGCAACGCUGUCUUCUACGAGUCCGCCUAUUGUGGAGUUUUUCGAGCCCUCGUACCUGGAUUUCUGUAUGGAGUUGUAAAUUCGAUCUUCCGAAACGUAUACGGCGAUAUUUUAGGGUACUGCUGCUGCCAGGAUAAUCUAUAUAGCCCAUACAAAGGUUCCCGCAGAGGCUUGGAAAUGACAACUACUACAUCACCUGGUGAGAUUAGAGUUCACAUCAUGCAACAAGCUAUGUCUGGUGGUUCCCAUCCUCGUUGCACCUGUCAAACUCGAAACCUCUAAGCAGUCAGCUUAAUUUCUCAAGCGGAGCAGUUAAAAAUUAUUAGUUACUUAUUUUUAAAAAUUGGCCCCUUCUGAUGUUAAUUUAAUUGGAUACGACAGUCAAUAUUUUUGAUGGUAAUGCAUGAAUUCCUUUUGUCUUUAGUCAGAGAAUAUAAACAUAUAAUCGUUAUCGUGUGUGUUAAAUUUUAAUGAAAUUUCUUAAAUUAUACUUGCCGCUGCAACAGCACAAAUGAUAAAGUAGUAACGUGUAUAGUCAUUUCCAUAUAUAUUAUCUAAUAAUAUGUAAUCAAAAUGUAACGAUCUAUUUUAAUCUUGAAACUUUUUUAAUAUUCUCUAUAAUAUUGAAAUAUACUCGAGUUUAUAUAAAAUUUAUAUAUACCAGAUACUGAUAUAAAACUAAUAUUUUUCAUAUAAAUCUAUUUAGUUUUUAAUUAUUAAUUAAUAUUUCAAAUGUUAAGAUUAUUUAUUUGGGGAGCUUGAAGACUGGUCGUUUUUUCUGAAAUAUUUUUUUCAUUGGAAUUUCUCCGUCCAGUAAAUUUCAAUAUAUUAUUUUAUAUUUGUUUUUACCUUAAUCAUUUCCCAGAAUUUUUAUUUAAUUAAAUGUUUAGGUUUCAUUAAAAAUAGGCAAAAAUUUAUAAAGAAUCAUUUUUUUAAUACUGCUUUACAUUUUCUAUAACAAAUUUUAUAUAAUAUAUUGUUUAAAUUUUAAGGUGGAAAAUCUAUUUUCAUGAAUUUAAAUUAUAAUAUUUAUACAUGAAUAUUUUGAAAUUUUAUAACAGUUUAUGGUAUAUUAAUAUAUAGCGAUCGAAUUUAACCUUUGUACUAUGAAAUACUUCUAUCUUUCGGAAUUCUGAAAAUACUUUCUUUAACAAAAAUGACUUUUAUCUAUACAUAUUGUGAACUAUGUUAAGGUAGCUUACAAUCCGAAUAAUCGGUGUAGACGUAUUAAUAUACGAGGUUGUAAUCUUUAAUAGAUUAUCUUAAGAUUACAAAAACUUGUAGUAAUGUUACUUAAGCACAUUUCAAACUUCUCUCUGGUAGUUAAUUAGUAUGAAAAUUGUAUUUCAAGUAUGCAUUUGAAAUUAUAUUAUAUUAUAUUUAAAAUAUAUAAAAAAAAAUAUUGUAGUUCGCUUUCGUAGUCAUAUAGUGUUCUAGAAGUUUAUUAGGCGCGUUAGAAACAAUUAUAGUAUAAUAGUUUUAUGAAAAACUAUUUGCUUCCGUAGGUGUUAUGAAUAGACGCAUUUUAAUCUAUUGUAGCGAGAUUAUCCUGUAGGAUAAAAUAUGUAUGUAGUUAU